CCUUCAGUCAGUGGCAACCAGUCUCUCAAGUUAAGUGCUUUGUGCAGUGAAACUGUGUUCUGUCCCUGUGUUCUCUUACAAAACAGUACUGACAACUGAACAGGAUUUCUUUAGCUGAUGAAUGAAAGUCUAAGCGCUUCUCUGUGAUUGAUUAGUAGUAACACAAAUGGAAAUAAGUUACAUAACUCGGUGCAGCGAAUGUGAGUGAAGUUAAUGGACUGGAUGAGAACAGGAGACUUGUGAAUGUGAAAAUAAGAAAUGUUGGUAAGCGGACUAGCUUUUUUGUUUGUGGUCACCCACAUGGUUACCGAUUGUGAUGGCCGAAACCGAGGGAAAUCAGAACCUGGACUGUCCAUUGUGGACGAGCUACGACUGGAAUUAUUAGACUUAGUUCACGACUUGUGGAAAGACGUGGCAGACCCUCGAUGGGUAGCGCUAGCAAACGACACUCUUGGAGGAGCGGACGUCGAGUUGCUCCGCGCUUUCCAGACACUAGGAGACACUCUGGAAGGCAGACAACCACCAGGCCUGGCCACGGCAGGGGCUGAACUGGCUUCACUGUGGCAAUGGGCUAGGGCAGAGGCUGAACUCAAGGGAAUUGAUGCAUUGCAUGGCUCAUUCAGGAGAUUUCAGCAGCAACAGACCCGUGGGGGAAAACUUCCGGCUCCCCAGAGAGCGUGGACUGAUCUCGCAGAGACCAUACUGCAGGACCCAACGUCGUCUGUACCACAAGCUUUAUCGAGACUGAAUGAGAUCAUUGAAAACAAGAAAGGGGGGGACGGAAAUCUGUUCCAGCAGGCUUUGAAGGAAUCAAGGUCAAACAUGUGCAAUCUACAACAGUCUCCACAACAACUUCUGUACAAUCUGUAUAACUCGGUGGCCAUCACAGAACUGAAAGGUUACGCCAUGAUGCAGUUCUCAUGGAUGCUGCUACGACUCUAUAAUAAAGGGAACUUCACGACUGAGGCUGAGUUGAUGCGGGAACGCUACCAAGAGACGACAGUGCAAAAAGCUGCUGCCGUGAAGGAGGCGAUGCAAAGUGCAGAACGAGACAUGUGGAGGUGCGAUCCAAGAGAACACAAGGAAGGUGAAACGUAUGUUGAGCUGACACAGCUUCUACAGGGACACAUUCAGAAUGAAGUUGAUAUGAACGGUGACUCCACCUGCAGGGAGAACUGUGCAUACUACUCAUAUGCCAAGAGUCAUGGUUGCUAUCACAGUCAGGUCUGUGCCAGACAACCACGCUGCAAUGGAAAGCUUGUCGACUGCCAGUAUAUUGACUCUGAUAUGUGGGUGUGCCAGGCGGACAGCAUAAGCGAUCGGCGUUACAGCUGGAUUGAAUAUAAGAAUGGUCGCAUCCUUGGGAAGAAAGAUUCAUGUGAGAGAGGAAAAACAAAGGUGGACAGCUGGUGGCGCUGGCUGUUUUGGCACUGCUCAUACUGCUUCUGUCUAUGCGAUGAACAGGGACCCAAGUCUGAUAGAUACUUCAAUUUAAGAGAGGUCAAGGCAGAUAUUGCUAACAACAAGGUAGUGACGGGACUGCGGUUUGUGAAGGUGAAUCGAGUGAUCCACCUUCAGAUCCAAGAAGCAGGGCUUCUGCCGCGUGGAGAAAUAAACAUGACAUCACUUCAAUGGCGUCCUGUUGAUGACUACAGAAUAUCUGAUUCUGAUGUGUACAAUGGGAAAGACUACCAUACUCUGAGUUGGGAACAGAGAGCAAUCGAUCUGGAUGAUCUUACAGCCCCUAACGGUUUUAUACUGACAGGAGUUCGAUUCCGUCGAGUCGGAACACAUCUGAACUUGGAAAUUAUGGUGACCCCACUUAAUUUCACAGUUGGUACAUUGGAUAAGCCCCACCAGAAGAGUGUGUGGCAUGGUAAUGACAACACAGACGCCUCCCUUGAAGCUCCCAGGCAGAGACUACGCAUCUCAAAUCCCGAUGUACCAAUAUCUACAAAUGAUGGAUCCGUCAUUGAUUCACGAUCUGACCAAUUCCUGCUCUUCACACAUUCAGACAUUAACACAGAUGCAGCACAGACUACAGUACCAUUUCUGGAUGCUCAACCUGUGGCACCUGAUCCACCUACUCUACUUGCCGGAGCUGGAAUUUACCACAAGGGACGUUUUGGCUAUGGAGGUUUCAUAGGACUGAAAGUUGUGACAUACGACUUUAGUAAUCAUGUACAAGCUAGAUUUCCAAUCACUGAAGAUGAAGUUAAUUGACUAACGUACGCGAAGGAUUCCUUCUUCAGUCAGUAGGAUACAUGUUCUGCAUCUGUGUCAGUAUUUGUAACCUUUAUACACAAAACUACUAAUGUUGAUCAAUACUAAAGCUACAAAUUCAAACACUGUAUACUGUUCUUUGAAAUCAAAAGUCUACAGGUUUAACAUACAUGGAAAUCAACUUGUUAGUUCAAUAAAAUGCUUGAUGUAUUAAAAUCUGUGGUAUUAGUAAUAAAACAGUACUGAUUAGGAAAUUGGUACUACUGUUCCCUUGUAUCUUUGUAUAAUCAAUAAAGAAGUUAGUAAGUACAAACUUACUCUAAA